AGUUAUAAUAUCAUUUUAUCUUUCUUUAUUCUUCGAUGAAUAACAAGAACAAAUGAUGCAUAUCAUGUGCUUUGUGCGUAAUUUGGAACGCAUUUAUAAUUAAUCUAUUAGUAUAAAUGGACAUGAAAACGUUAUUUGGCGAUUUUUCUUCUUUACAUGUCAUGUGGUCAAAACGUGAACGUUAAUCAACCACAGGAAUCAGCAAACACUCGAGAUCAAAAUAUCAGACUGUAUACGGCUAUACUCAGAAACAAAUUUUAUUGAUAUCAUUAUUCUAAUCAAAUUUUUGGUUUAGGACAACAAAAAGGUUGAGGUUGGUCACAUAUCAACAAAACUUUUUUCUGAGUGUAAUUCGAGACUUGACUGUGAGCACGACACGAGACUCAGGGCCAUAGCAAAAAACUUAAGGCAGUAAGAUUAACCAGUAAAGAAAUCAAUAUGUUGGAUUGGCUACUACUUAUGUUAUGGCCUUACGGACUCUACUGUGAUUGAUUAAUUUACUUACUGUUUACGUUUUAUUGCUUAAUUUUUUGUGUGUGCCAUUGCCCUCAUGAUUACGUUUACACGGUCACUCUUAUUCGGAUUUAAUUACAUCCGUAGUUAGAAAUUAUUCAAUCACAGUCGUUCUAUUCUUCAAAGGAAUAUAUGAUUGACCAGUUUCAUAACUUAAACCCGAUUAUGGGUGCCAUGUAAACGUGGGGUCUAUCAGUGUGAGUACGUAAUGUGAGAGGGAUGGGGAGGGGGAAGCGAGAGGGGGCCAUGAAACGGAGAUAUCCUAACAAGCAAGUUGCCGAUAAUUUCUGUGCAUUCUGGCGAAAAAGCACGGCGCGCUUAUAUAGGUAUACGUAACGUUCGAAUUAGUUUAAGAAUAUACAGUCGUUUGUUUUCUCACGAUUGUAGGAAACGAGAUCGUUCUUAAAAACAAUGUCAUUCAAUCAUAAAGUUGUUGCAACAGCAAUAAUAACGACGAGAGAGAGAGGCUGAUUGGUGAAUAUCGCAUCUUGAUUUACGAGUUAUCAUUAUCACGCUGACAUCCGAAAGAGAAAAGAGGAUUCACGGUGAUUCAUGGAGCGGAAGGAUGCAAACGAAAAUUCGGAAGUGGACACUAACGAAGAUACAGAGGAUACGGCGAUCACGAGCGAGCGGGGCACGCCGGAAGGAUUUGAUUCUCUCGAAGAUUCGGCUACGUCGUUGGAGAUGGAACAGUCGGAGACCGGUCGGAGAACGAGUAUCUUCAAAUUCUACUCGUACAAGAACGCAGAUACAAUGACAAGCACGGUGAAAAAAACAGGACCCCUUGUUGGUGUAGUUGAUGUUGGCACGCGCACUGUUCGCUUUGUGGUAUUUAAUGCAAAGCACGUCACGGAGGUUGCGUCUCAUCAAAUUGACAUAGAACAAAUCAGUUUGCAAGAGGGGUGUGUAGAGCAGGACCCCAAAGAGAUUUUUUUUGCGGUAAAGGUCUGCAUUAAGGAUGUAAUUCACAAAUUGGACAUGCUAGGUAUGAAGAUUGACGAAAUCGUUACAGUGGGUAUUACCAACCAGAGAGAAACUACGAUAGUGUGGGAUGCGAUUACCGGCGAUCCGCUUUAUAAUGCCAUAGUGUGGUCAGACAUCAGAACCGACGCGAUUGUAGACCAGAUUAUAGCGAAGUUUCCGGAUCAGAGUAAGAAUCAUUUGAAACCUUUAUGCGGUUUGCCCGUGAGCCCGUACUUUUCGGCUUUGAAGAUUCGUUGGUUAAAGGACAACGUGCCAGCGAUAAAAAAAGCAAUUCGUGAGAGGCGAUUCAAAGUGGGAACUAUGGAUACAUGGAUUGUUUGGAACUUAACGGGAGGCAAAGACGGUGGACUAUACAUCACUGAUGUUACGAACGCGUCGAGAACGAUGUUGAUGAAUAUUGAAACGCUCUCGUGGGAUCCUACGUUAUGUAGAUAUUUCGACAUUCCUAUCCAAAUGCUGCCGGAGAUCAAAAGCAGUUCCGAGAUAUAUGGCAAAAUUUUGAUUGGUCCGUUGUCUGGCAUUCCGAUAUCUGGUAUUUUAGGAAAUCAACAAUCUGCUUUGGUCGGACAAAAUUGUUUGAAGAAGGGUCAAGCGAAAAAUACAUAUAGGAGUGGCUGCUUUUUACUGUGUAACACGGGGCAUACCAGAGUAUACUCUUCUCAUGGAUUAGUUACGACCGUCGCAUAUCAGUUAGGUCCGAAAAGUCCACCUGUUUACGCAUUGGAAGGUUCAGUUGCAGUUGCAGGUGCAGCUAUAAAAUGGCUACGGGAUAAUAUAAAGCUCAUAAAAGAUGUUCAUGAAAGUGAACACUUAGCUCAAAGUGUAUUUAGUACGGGAGACGUCUACUUUGUACCCGCCUUCACAGGGUUAUAUGCACCUUAUUGGAGAAAAGAUGCAAGGGGAAUAAUUUGUGGACUUACUGCAUUUACUACGAAGCAACACAUAAUUAGAGCGUCCCUCGAAGCAGUAUGCUUUCAAACCAGGGACAUCCUUGAAGCGAUGUACAAAGAUUGCGGAUUUCCGUUAACGAAGUUAAAUACAGAUGGGAAAAUGUCAACUAACAAUCUGCUUAUGCAAUUGCAAGCCGAUUUAUGCGGUACACCAGUAUGUGUAGCGAUGGUUGCCGGACAUGCUGAAGGGAUAGAUGUUUGGGAUCUGGAAGGCGAAGAAGUAGAAACAGUACCAACCGACACUUUUCUUCCAACUACUACACCGGAAGAAAGGGACGCGAGGUAUAAGAAAUGGAAGAUGGCAGUGGAAAGGAGCCUAGGUUGGGCGACAGGAAAAAUGUCCGACCAAAUGACAGAUGAAAAAUACUGCAUACUAGCGUCUAUUCCUGCCAGUUGGUUUUUAAUAUCGAGCUUUAUUCUCUUACGGUUAAGUUAUUACAUAGGGAAGCGGUGACAGCAAGUCAACAUUAUCGAUACGCAAGUUCCCGUAGACAGUGGAUAGUCCUAAUUGCAGCUCAUUGCAGAAAAAACUUGAAAUGAUUGUAGAGCUUACUCACUCAUACAUACGUCGAUACAACGACGAGUAAUGUAUUACGAAAUGAUCAGGAAGAAAAUAUUGUUUCUUUAAAUAUGAGUUUCAUACAUUUCGAUGCGAUUUAUCAGAAUUACAUUCAUAGUGUGAUCCUCAGCCAGGACAAAUACGCUAAUCAUUGGUCUUCGAGUUUGGAAAUGAAUAACGCAAUCAGCAUAAAGUGUAUAUUUUAUGUGUUUAUUUAUAAUCUUAUUUUAUUUUCUGUGAAAUAAUAAUAUCAGAUUUCUUGUAGGAUUGAGAUGGAACAAUAGAAUUUUUUGUGAGAUUUGUACUUUGAAUUUACUUCG